UAACAGUUUAUCUUCAACAACUACAGUCGUAAACUGUAUUCUAUCCAGCCCACAGUUUAAUUUUGUGUAAUGUUAUUUAUUUUUUCGGUAUUUCUUAAUAGUUGCAUGAUGGUCUUAGGAAACUUCGAAAACAUCACCUUAAACGAUUUUAGAUGGGUAAAUGAACCAUCUGAAUGGAGUUUGAGGGAUAAUGCACUCGAAGUCACAACGGAUAACAAUACAGAUUUUUGGCAAAAAACUUAUUAUGAUUUCCAUCGUAAUACUGGGCAUAUUUUCGGAGUUGAGAUCGUAGAUGACUUCACAUUUACUGCAUGUAUCGAAGCGAAUUUCACAACGCUUUAUGAUCAGGCUGGUCUUAUGAUAUAUGUUGAUGAGAAGCACUGGCUGAAGGCUGGUAUUGAGUACAACGAUGGACUACCGAUGAUCGGGAGCGUAAAUACUAACGAAGUUUCUGACUGGGGCACAGGAGUCUUCACCGGAAACCCUCGGAAAUUCUACCUUCGUCUUUCGAAAGUGGACAAAGUUGUUUGUGUCAAGUACUCUACGGACAAUGUAACUUGGACGUUGCUUUGUCUAGCCCCGUUUGCUAAAGCUGACAAAUAUAUAGUGGGGCCUAUGACCUGUACCCCACAGAGGGAAGGUCUUAAAGUCAAGUUCAGUGAUAUAAAGAUUACCGAACCCGCUGAUGAUAUUUUACAUGCAAAUUAAAACAUGGAAAUACUUUUUAGAAUCUAACAAAUAUAACUUGAUUGAUCUUGUGUCACAAGUUGAUGAAUAAAUAUUUUUCUAUCUCUC